AUGUCCAAGAUCGUCACCGUCAUCGGCGCCACCGGCAUCCAAGGCGGCUCCGUCAUCAGAGCGCUUCUGGACAACCCCAAAUACUCCCUUCGGGCGGUCACUCGCAACACCAAGAGCGAUGCCGCAAAGGCCUUAGCGGCCCGCGGCGUCGAGGUAGUCGAGGCCGACAUUAACAACGUCGAGUCCCUUCAGGCUGCCUUCGCAGGCAGCCACGCCAUCUUUGCCACGACAAACUUCUUCGAGGCACUGCCUACACUGGGCAUCGAGAGGUCGAUGGAGAUCGAGACCCGGCUGGGCAGCAACCUCGCCGACGCCGCGGCCGCGACCGAGUCCCUGGCGCACUACGUGUGGUCGACGCUGCCAAACUCGCGCAAGAACACCGGCGGCAAGCUCGUGGUGCCGUACUACGAGAGCAAGAACCGCGUGGACGACUACAUCAAGGCCAAGCACCCGCAGCUGCUGCGCAAGACCACGUUCGUGUGGCUCGGGUGGUACGCGGGCAACAUGAACUACCCGUGGUACCUGCCCAGCGCGCUGCACACCGCGGGCGGCAGCAGGUCGUACAUCCAGCUGCUGAGCGUGCCGCCGUCGGCCAAGGUGCCGCUGCUGGGCGACGAGAGGGUGAACUCGGGGCUCUUCGUCCGGGCCAUCCUCGACCGCCCGGACCUGACCCUCCCGGCCAAGGCCGUGUCGGGCAUUGUCGAGCAGCUUACGUUUGCCGAGGUGGGCCAGGCCUACGGCGCAGCGCAUGGGAUUGGGGUGCGUUGCGUGCAGAUCUCCAAGGCCGACUACGUGGAGCUCUGGCCGGCCUGGGGCGAGCUGAUGGACGUGUCGCAUUCCUAUGUCGACUUCAUGGGCGGAAAGGGCUUCAGCAGCGUGGACGAGGACGUGCUGUCAAAGGAGGAUCUCGCAGUGGAAGGCCUGAUCGGGACGGCGGAUGCAUUUGCUGCGAACAGGCCCUCUGAGUAG